AUGGCCGAGCCGCGGCGCUCGUCAAAUUUUGGGCGCGUGGACGCGCUCCGCUGGUGGCUCAAGCUCUCUCACGCCGCCGCGCCCGCCUGCCCGGGCACGUGCUUCCAAACGCAGCGCUCCAAGCGCAAGCAGCACGAGGUGGACAUGGCUGACAGCCUCGAGGUGGCCGUCGCGCGCGUGACCGCGUGGGCGGCGGAGGAGCGGACGCGCCUCCAGCCUGUCCAGCCGCACCGCGCGGACCAGUUCGCCAAAAUCCUGGCCGAGCUGCCGCAGUACGCGUCGAACGAGUGGGACGCCUUCAACGAGAGGGCGCUCCUGCCGCUGCUGCGCCGCCUCAAGGAGGGCAGCAUCGGCCGCAAGCCGCGCGAGCCAGACGCCACCGGACUGCGGAGGGAGGUGAGCGGCGCAUCUGCCGCCGCGCUGCAGGGGCACGUGCGGCGGCUGGUCGAUGCGCUGCGCGGGCUGCACGACGACGCGCCGCGGCUGUGCGCGGAGCUGCCCUCGCGCGCGACUCGCGUCGCCAAGCUGCUGCAGAAGCAAUGUGGCGAGCUGCAAAAACUGCUCGACCUACCC